AAGUUGCGGCAAUGAAUCUUACAACAUUUGAAGCAGAAGAAAAGAACAGAACUUGAAUCUUUCAGAUGUCUUGAGUUUCAUCCAAGAAACCUUAAAGUCCAUCGAAGGGAAUAGACAGAGAAAAAAGCAAAUAAAAGAAAUUAAAGAACAAAGACAACAGAAAAUAUUUCAACAUUCUCUUAUCUAUAUAUAAGUUCAUUAGGCAAAAUAUUCCCUAACUUUUUACCCUGUAUAAAGCAGCAUUCAACAUUCUGACUUCAGAGUUCAGAUCAUACAGUCCUUAAAAAAAUGGCUAAUGGCAAUACAGCACCGGCCACCCAACAGCAAAGAAGACAUUUUAACCUAGUAAGAAAUGUUGCCACUUGCUUGCUAGCCCUUUUUGUUCUUGUUGGUCUAGCCGUGCUGAUCGCUUGGCUUGUCAUUAGGCCAAAAAGGUUUGUUUACACCCUUGAAAAUGGUUCAGUCCAAAAUUUCAACCUAACCGAUAACCAUCUCAAUGCUACGUUCGAUUUUGUUCUUAAGGCAUAUAAUCCUAAUAGCAGAGUCUCUCUUUACUAUGAUUACAUGGAGACAACGGUGACGUACGAAGCUCAAACUGUAGCGUUCAAUACGAUCGACCCCUUCUUUCAACCCCAUAGGAAUGUGAGUCGAGUAGAAGCGAAGCUCGUGGCUCUGAAUUUGGCAUUGUCACCAUCAACAUUUAAGGAUCUCAGGAUUGAAAAAUCAUCCGGGGAGAUUGAAGUUGAUGUUCAUUAUAAGUCAAGGAUUCGGUUGAAGGUAGGUAUAUGGAAGUCUAAUCAUCGUAUUCUAAGGAUUGUGUGUCCCUCCGUGAUAGUGCACUUAUCUUGGUACAGACAUUUUGAUAAGAUACCAUGUGAAAUAGAACCUUAGUGCAGA